CAAAACCAUCAUAAAAUUAUCAACACCAAUUUGCAUCUACCAGAAAAAAAUCUAGGUCUUUUUGCACAGAGCUCCCAUUUCCAGAAAAACGAACACGAGAAAGAAGAGAGAGAAGAAUCGAAGAUGAGUAGCAGCGCAGCAGUACCAUUCUGGAGGGCAGCUGGUAUGACAUACAUUAGCUACUCUAACAUCUGCGCUAAUCUGGUCAGAAAUUGUCUCAAGGAGCCCUUCAAAUCUGAAGCUAUUGCUAGGGAGAAGGUUCAUUACUCUUUGGCCAAAUUCGAGAAUGGAAAAUCCCUCAAACCAACCGUCCGAUCUAAUGAUCAGGAAUAAGGAGGUCUUAACCAUGAAGCCUUCUGAUACUUCCACCAUAAUCAUGCUCUCCAAAUGUCAUUCUAUUUUUUGCUAGUGUUAUACAUUGAGGUUGUAAUGCCCAGAUAAUGUGAUAACUGCAUUGUGAGCUUUGGUUGUUAUGAUAAUAAUGUUUUAACUUUCAAUCAUCUUGAAAAAUGACAAAUUGACAAGUCAAUUUCAGAUAAUCUUUUCCCA